AUGCUGGUCUCUUGGCAAACAGAACAGCAAAAUACAUGUGUUGAACAUGUGGAAGAACAGUAUACAUGUGUGGAAGAACAGUAUACAUGUGUGGAAGAACAGUAUACAUGUGUGGAAGAACAGUAUACAUGUGUGGAAGAACAGUAUACAUGUGUGGAAGAACAGUAUACAUGUGUGGAAGAACAGUAUACAUGUGUGGAAGAACAGUAUACACGUGUGGAAGAACAGUAUAAAUAUGUGGAAGAACAGUAUACAUGUGUGGAAGAACAGUAUACACGUGUGGAAGAACAGUAUAAAUAUGUGGAAGAACAGUAUACAUGUGUGGAAGAACAGUAUACAUGUGUGGAAGAACAGUAUACAUGUGUGGAAGAACAGUAUACAUGUGUGGAAGAACAGUAUACAUGUGUGGAAGAACAGUAUACAUGUGUGGAAGAACAGUAUACACGUGUGGAAGAACAGUAUACACGUGUGGAAGAACAGUAUACAUGUGUGGAAGAACAGUAUACAUAUGUGGAAGAACAGUAUACACGUGUGGAAGGACAGUAUACAUGUGUGGAAGAACAGUAUACACGUGUGGAAGGACAGUAUACAUGUGUGGAAGAACAGUAUACAUGUGUGGAAGAACAGUAUACACGUGUGGAAGGACAGUAUACACAUGUGGAAGGACAGUAUACACAUGUGGAAGGACAAUAUACACAUGUCAAUGAACAGUAUACACAUGUGGAAGGACAAUAUACACAUGUCAAUGAACAGUAUACAUGUGUGCAGGAACAAGGCAACAACAUAUUCAUGAAGAACAACAGUAUACUCAUCAGGACCAUCACUAUACACACGUGUCGAGCAACAACACAAGGAUAUACACAUGUGUGA